CGGGCCCUGCCGACCGGGCGCCGUCUUCUCCUCUCUGUCACCCGCGGUCCUCUCGGGCGGGGAUCGGUGCCCCGGAGCGCAAAGCCUGACGCGCCCCCCUCCCGGUCCCCCCCAACUCCCACCGCCCAGUCCCCGGCGGCGAUGAGACAGAGCGGCGCCUCCCAGCCCCUGCUGAUCAACAUGUACCUGCCAGAUCCUGUUGGAGACAGCCUCUUCAAGGAAGGGAAGAGCCCGGGCUGGGGGCCGCUGAGCCCUGCGGUGCAGAAAGGCAGCGGGCAGAUCCAGCUGUGGCAGUUUCUGCUGGAGCUGCUGGCGGACCGCGCGAACGCCGGCUGCAUCGCGUGGGAGGGCGGCCACGGCGAGUUCAAGCUCACCGACCCCGACGAGGUGGCGCGGCGCUGGGGCGAGCGCAAGAGCAAACCCAACAUGAACUAUGACAAGCUGAGCCGCGCACUUCGCUACUACUAUGACAAAAACAUCAUGAGCAAGGUGCACGGCAAGCGCUACGCCUAUCGCUUCGACUUCCAGGGCCUGGCGCAGGCCUGCCAGCCGCCGCCUGCACACGCCCACGCCGCGGCCGCCGCCGCCGCCGCUGCAGCUGCUGCCCAGGACGGCGCGCUCUACAAGCUGCCGGCCGGCCUCGCCCCGCUGCCCUUCCCUGGCCUCUCCAAACUCAACCUCAUGGCCGCCUCCGCCGGCGUAGCGCCCGCCGGCUUCUCCUACUGGCCUGGCCCGGGCCCCGCCGCCACCGCCGCCGCCGCCACCACCGCUGCGCUCUACCCCAGCCCGGGCUUGCAGCCCCCGCCCGGGCCCUUCGGCUCAGUGGCCGCCGCUUCGCACUUGGGGGGGCAUUACCACUAG